CCGGAACAAGUUCCUCCAGGCAUAGUUGCCAAUUGCCAUGGUCAGUGACCGAAUUUUCCUUUCAAUUACUACAUGCUAAAUUUCCCACCUCAACCUCCAUUUUUCAAUUACCAUGGUCUUCACGCCUGCCGCCCUUCUCUCCCUUCGUGGCAAAGUCUAGCUCGUGACCGGUUGAAACGCUGGGAUUGGGUACAGACGGUAUUGCAACUUGCCCUACGAGGAGUUCGCUUGUACAUGGGGCCAAAAUCACCGGGCAAGGCUUCUGCUGCCAUCUCCAAAAUCAAGACCGAGUCUCUCGAGGCCGAUGUUCAUUUCAUGAAGAUGGAUCUGCCCUCUGUAGUGAAGGCGGCUGAAGAGUUUAAAAGUCGGGAGAACAGACUAAACGGAUUGGUCAAUAACCCAGGAAUCAUGGCUACAUCGUUUGCCAAAAGCCCUGUGGAUGGCUUUGAGGCACAAUGGCAGACGAACUACUAAGCCGUUGUCUCUUGACUUGGGUUUUUUUUGGGGUUUUUUUUUUUGGAUACGUUGGCUAAGAUGGCAAUCGAACCCGACGCUCAGCCUGGAAAUUCUAGAAUAGUCAACAUCAUGCAGCAAUGGACAUAAAGCCCGCGCGAAUUCCGGGAUUGAUUUCGACGAUAUGGAUUAAGUUAGCGGUGGAGUCUCGAGACGUAUGGGAUGGGUAAACUCGUAAAUAUUUUACAUGCGAAAUAUCUUACUAAGUUCUUUGGUCCAUAGGGCUCAGCUGAUAAGUCGACGGCUAUCUGGAUAGCUGCAGUACAUCCUGACUUUAUUAAUAGACCUCGUCAAGCA